CGGCGCCGGGUUGAGGCAGCGGGCCGGCCAGCAGCCGCCCGCGAGGCCGAGCUCGGCCGCGAGCGCGGGCGGGCGGCCGUGGCGGCCCGAGGAGCCGGCCAGAGGGCGAAGGAGUACACGGCCGAGCAGUGGCGGGAGUUCCGCAAGUUCGAGUCCCGGUGGUGGUACCACGAGCUGGAGUAUUACUUCCACUUCGGCCCGGAGGACGAGGCGAGGGCGCUGGAGGUGCUCGGCGCCCACGCCAGCGAGCUUGGCGGCGGAAGUGUUGGCAGCGGCGCGGCGGAGGGCGCAGGCGCAGCAGCGCUGGAGCGGGCGCCUCCAGAGGUGCGCGCGCUGUGCCGCCUCGUGGACGAGGUGGUCCCGCGCCUUAGGCCGGCGCACCUGGGCACCGUGCUGGUGGGCUUCGAUUCCCUGGCCGUGGCGCGGCUGGCGUACAGCAUCAAAGCCCGGCUUGGCAAGGUUAUCAGCAUUGCGGCCUUGCGGGAGGCCCGGACCGUGGACGACCUUGCCGCCGCGGUGGCGCCGCUGGAGGACCUGCGCAGUGCCGCGCCGCAGGCCGCGGACGACGUCGGCCAGGAAUACGCUGUGUGGUUCUCCCCCGGCCAGUACGUGCCCAUGGGCGCCUGGGUGCUCCGCAGCGACGAGCCCAUCGACGUUGCCGCCAUGGAGAGUGCGGUGCGCGGGCUCGUGGACCGCCACUCGGCCCUCCGAGCAGGCCUUGUCGACCCGCUGCGCUACAUGAGCGUCCUCUACGACGCGAGCACCCUGUGGACCCUCUACGCCCCGCUCCUGCUUACGUCGGGCCUGCCCUUCGUAGGCCUGCUGCGGCGGCUGGUGUCCUGGGCGCUGUGGCGCUGCUGGCCGCGCAUCCGAUGCCACGACCGCGAGCAGGUCUACGCCGAGAGGUAUCCAGAGGCCCGCACGCCGUUCCAGGUGGUCCACAGGGAUGCCCACGGGAGGCCGCUCCGAGGCCAGCUGCAGGUCGAGCGCACGAUCAAGUCGCGGGCGCGGGGGCUCAAGCUGCCCAUCGAGAUAAGCGUCGUCGAGGUGGCGUGCCACCUCGUCGACGUGUGGUGCUGGGAGGCGCGCGAGUACCCCAAGCUGACCGCCGGACGGGCCACGAUCGUCCGCAGGACGGGCGAGCCCAUCGUCCACGACGGCUCGGACCUGGUGUACGUCAGCGCGGGGGGCCUCGGGCCCCAAGAGGCUGGAUCCAUGCUCCGCUGGUCGGCACAGGGCUUGCCAAACCACCUCUUGCGCGCGCAGUUCAUGGACUUGCAAGCGGUGCAGACCUUCGACCAUGCGCUUUUCGCGAGGCAGGCCACGGGCACCCAAGAUUUCGCCAGCGCCGUGGCAGCGUACAGCGCCAAGUCCUGCGGAGGCGCAGGCGCCAGGGCAUUCACGCUGCUGCCUACGAUGCCAGAGCACGGCGGACGCACUGUCAGAACAAAUCCCGUGACGGGCUUGUUCGGAGCGAUGCAUGAGCCCGACCAGCGCCACGCCAUCACAUGCGAAACGGGGUCCACCUGCACCGCGCGGAACGACAGCAUCCGCGACCUGCUGAUGCGCUGGCUGGCCAGGAGGGUCCCUGGUCUGGUGCGCACCGAGCAGACAGUGCCACAGUGGCUCCGGUGGCGCCGACACCCAGCGACGGGCCAGGAACGCCUGGAGCCAGCAAUGCUGGACGUCGAAUGGGGCGACCAGGGGGCGUGGCACGUCGUGGACGUGGCGGUCAGGAACCCCGCCUCCAGCGAGCCGCGCGAGGAGCGGGCCAGGGCGGUCCACGCAGGCUUGGCGGCCGAGGGCGCCGCGCGCGGCAAGCAGCUGCGGUGCCCGCCUGGGCCGACCACGCCACCGUGGACACCCUUUGCGGUGGAGACAGGAGGCCCGAGUGGGCAGGCCGCCAAGCAGCUGGUCCUGGACAGGUUGGGCCACCGGAAAGGCGAGGCAUGCGCCAGCGCCGACGCAACGGCCACUUUGUAA